CGUUUUACAUUGAGCAAUGUUUGUUAUGAUUGUCUGAUUAACGAUCAAAAUUUGUUAACAAAAUGCUCAAAUUUCGUAAACAAAUUGCUCAGACUUUUUCUUCGCAGUGUUAUGCCUGAUUCAGGAGUUGAUUAUCGUUCAUUUACCCCGUGUAUCGAACGAUUUGCCUCGUUGCCUGAAGCUUUUCUCGAAACUGGCAUUGAAUUUUUACACUUUCUUCUUGAACAUCCUCAGCGUUCAAAGGUUCUUCUUUUGAAUGUAUCAGACUAUCCUCGACUAAUUUUAAACCUGAUUGUAAAUUUGCCGCAUAUAAAGAAUCCAUUCUUAGCAUCAAAAAUUGUUGAUUUGUUUUUCUUUACCUGUCCAGAUGUAUCUUCAGAUGCCGGCUUCUUCUUUAGGCAGAUUAUGAACGAUAAAAUUGCUGUAGAUAACUUGUUUCCUGCCCUUGUCAAAUUUUAUGCUGACGUUGAGUCAACCGGAUCAAAUACUGAGUUCUACGACAAAUUUAAUAUUCGACGAAAUAUUCAAGUUAUCUUUCGGUCUAUGUGGAUGGACCUUGCUCAUCGCAAAAGGAUGGUUCAGUUCGCAGAAGAAUCUUCUCCUGAUUUUUAUCGCUUCUUGAAUAUGGUAAUUAAUGACACUACAUUUUUACUUGACGAAUCACUCGAGAAAUUAAAGAGAAUAAAUGAGAUUGAAACCCAAAUGUCGAAUGAAGUGGCGUGGAAUUCGUUAAGAGAGGAGGAGCGCCAACAUAGAUCCGAACUUUUGGGUGAUGCAAAACGUCAAGUUCGGAUUUGGCUUCGAUUUGGUACUGAGACAAUGGAAUUGUUUGUAACGUUAACUGGUGAUGCUCCACAAAUUUUCCUUCAAGAGGCUCUCGGUGAUCGUGUUGCUGCUAUGCUGAAUAAUAAUAUUGUGCAGCGUUCUUAUACUCCUGCUACUUUUGAUUCAAUCCUUAAACGUUUCGAGGAAAAAUCAAUUUUGCCUGUCAGUCAGUUUGAAUCAUUCAAAAAUUUGGUUGAGCAAGCGAAGGAAGCCCACAAUGAGAAAGUUAAGUUCGAAGAGAAAUUUGAAGAUGAGAUUCCAGAUGAAUUCAGAGAUGAAAUUCUUUUCACAUUGAUGAGCGAUCCAGUCACACUUCCUUCUGGUCAAGUAGUUGAUCGAAAGAAUAUUUUACGUCAUCUUCUCAGUGAUCCACACAAUCCAUUUACUAGACAGCCUUUAACUGAAGACGAACUGAAGCCAAGUUUGCUUUUUUGUAAUUUGAUCGAUUUAUUCCCCUCACGUUCUUUUGCUAAUGUUCAAGAAGUAACUCUACAAACAAGACCAUACAAAUUAUUUAAAUUAGAUGCUAUAUUUUAUUUUCAAAAGAUGCAAACAAUUCGCAGAAUGGAGACAACAGCUAGUAAUUUAUACAAAGAGAAGAAAAUUCGUGGAUUUUGUCAUCUUUAUUCGGGACAGGAAGCUUGUGCCAUUGGAACAUAUGCCGCGAUGGAUCCAGAAGAUGCUGUUAUAACUGCUUAUAGAUGUCAUGGUUGGACAUAUAUUAUGGGUGCACCGGUAGUUGAUGUUAUUUCUGAAUUAACUGGUAGAAUUUCUGGAAAUGUUUAUGGAAAAGGGGGUUCUAUGCAUAUGUAUGCAAGAAACUUUUUUGGUGGUAAUGGAAUUGUUGGUGCACAAAUACCUCUUGGAGCGGGUAUUGCUUUUGCAAUGAAAUAUAGAAAUCAGAAAAAUAUUUGUUUGACAUUAUAUGGGGAUGGAGCUGCAAAUCAAGGACAAUUAUUUGAAUCAGCAAAUAUGGCAAAACUUUGGAAUUUGCCUGUUGUUUUUAUUUGUGAAAAUAAUGGAUUUGGUAUGGGUACUUCUGUUGAAAGGGCAUCUGCUUCUACUGACUAUUACACUCGAGGAGAUUAUGUUCCUGGUAUUUGGGUGGAUGCAAUGGAUGUUUUAACUGUUCGGGAGGCUAUUCGUUUUGCAAAAGAAUGGUGCAAUGCGGACAAUGGUCCUCUAAUGGUUGAAUUCGCUACAUAUCGUUAUUAUGGACAUUCAAUGAGUGAUCCAGGGACUAGUUAUCGGACAAGAGAUGAAAUACAGGAAGUCCGAAAAACUCGUGACCCAAUUACUGGUUUUAGGGACAGAAUUCUUACGGCUGGUUUGGUUACUGAGGAAGAAUUGAAGGGAAUAGAAAAAGAAGUACGUCAAGAAGUUGAUGAAGCAACAAAAAUGGCAUUAUCUGAGGGAGUUUUGCCACCAGAAGCUUUAUAUAGUGAUUUAUAUGCAAAUACUCCGCCCCAAAUGGUACGAGGCACAACUUUUGACAAAUCAACAGUUCAGCAAUAUGCAACCACUGCUGAAUUAUUGGGAAAGAUGGGACGCCCAACAAAGUCAUAUUAA